GAAGCAGUUCCGGGAAACCCCGCGUGCUGCCGGGAUCGCGUCUCACUCCAUGAGGGGGGGGAGGGGGUGGCGCGCGCGCCAUUUCUAGUCGUUUUCAAAGCGCCUCGCGCUGAUUCUCACGGGCCCGGCCGCCGGCCCCCGCUCUGCCCUGCAGCAUAAUAAAAUGGCUAAUCAGGUGAAUGGUAAUGCGGUACAGUUAAAAGAAGAGGAAGAACCAAUGGAUACUUCCAGUGUAACUCACACAGAACACUACAAGACACUGAUAGAGGCAGGCCUCCCACAGAAGGUGGCAGAAAGACUUGAUGAAAUAUUUCAGACAGGAUUGGUAGCUUAUGUCGAUCUUGAUGAAAGAGCAAUUGAUGCUCUCAGGGAAUUUAAUGAAGAAGGAGCUCUGUCUGUACUACAGCAGUUCAAGGAAAGUGACUUAUCACAUGUUCAGAACAAAAGUGCAUUUUUAUGUGGAGUUAUGAAGACCUACAGGCAGAGAGAGAAACAGGGGAGCAAGGUGCAAGAGUCCACAAAGGGACCUGAUGAAGCGAAGAUCAAGGCCUUGCUUGAGAGAACUGGUUAUACUCUGGAUGUAACCACAGGACAGAGGAAGUAUGGUGGUCCUCCACCAGACAGUGUGUACUCUGGCGUGCAACCUGGAAUUGGAACGGAGGUAUUUGUAGGCAAAAUACCAAGAGAUUUAUAUGAGGAUGAGUUGGUGCCCCUUUUUGAGAAGGCCGGACCCAUUUGGGAUCUACGUCUUAUGAUGGAUCCACUGUCCGGUCAGAAUAGAGGGUAUGCAUUUAUCACCUUCUGUGGAAAGGAAGCUGCACAGGAAGCCGUGAAACUGUGUGACAGCUAUGAAAUUCGCCCUGGUAAACACCUUGGAGUGUGCAUUUCUGUGGCAAACAACAGACUUUUUGUUGGAUCCAUUCCGAAGAAUAAGACUAAAGAAAACAUUUUGGAAGAGUUCAGUAAAGUCACAGGUUUAACAGAGGGUUUGGUGGACGUUAUUCUCUAUCAUCAACCCGAUGACAAAAAGAAGAAUCGGGGGUUCUGCUUCCUUGAAUAUGAGGAUCACAAGUCAGCAGCACAAGCCAGACGCCGGCUGAUGAGUGGAAAAGUAAAAGUGUGGGGAAAUGUAGUUACAGUUGAAUGGGCUGACCCUGUGGAAGAACCAGAUCCAGAAGUCAUGGCUAAGGUAAAAGUUUUGUUUGUGAGAAACUUGGCUACUACAGUGACAGAAGAAAUAUUGGAAAAGUCAUUUUCUGAAUUUGGAAAACUCGAAAGAGUAAAGAAGUUGAAAGAUUAUGCAUUUGUUCAUUUUGAAGACAGAGGAGCAGCUGUUAAGGCUAUGGAUGAAAUGAAUGGCAAAGAAAUAGAAGGGGAAGAGAUUGAAAUAGUCUUAGCCAAGCCACCAGACAAGAAAAGGAAAGAGCGCCAAGCUGCUAGACAGGCCUCCAGAAGCACUGCGUAUGAAGAUUAUUACUACCACCCUCCUCCUCGCAUGCCACCUCCAAUUAGAGGUCGGGGUCGUGGUGGGGGGAGAGGUGGAUAUGGCUACCCUCCAGAUUACUAUGGCUAUGAAGAUUACUAUGAUGAUUACUAUGGUUAUGAUUAUCACGACUAUCGUGGAGGCUAUGAAGAUCCCUACUACGGCUAUGAUGAUGGCUAUGCAGUAAGAGGAAGAGGAGGAGGAAGGGGAGGGCGAGGUGCUCCACCACCACCAAGGGGGAGGGGAGCACCACCUCCAAGAGGUAGAGCUGGCUAUUCACAGAGGGGGGCACCUUUGGGACCACCAAGAGGCUCUAGGGGUGGCAGAGGGGGUCCUGCUCAACAGCAGAGAGGCCGUGGUUCCCGUGGAUCUCGGGGCAAUCGUGGGGGCAAUGUAGGAGGCAAGAGAAAGGCAGAUGGGUACAACCAGCCUGAUUCCAAGCGUCGUCAGACCAACAACCAACAGAACUGGGGUUCCCAACCCAUCGCUCAGCAGCCGCUUCAGCAAGGUGGUGACUAUUCUGGUAACUAUGGUUACAAUAAUGACAACCAGGAAUUUUAUCAGGAUACUUAUGGGCAACAGUGGAAGUAGACAAGUAAGGGCUUGAAAAUGAUACUGGCAAGAUAUGAUUGGCUCUAGAUCUACAUUCUUCAAAAAAAAAAAAAUUGGCUUAACUGUUUCAUCUUUAAGUAGCAUUUUGCUGCCAUUUGUAUUGGGCUGAAGAAAUCACUAUUGUGUAUAUACUCAAGUCUUUUUAUUUUUCCUCUUUUCAUAAAUGCUCUUGGACAUUAUUGGGCUUGCAGAGUUCCCAUAUUCUGGGGAUUACAAUGCUUUUAUUGUUUCAGGCUUCAUUUUAGCUUCAAAACAAGCUGGGCACACUGUUAAAUCAUGAUUUUGCAGAACCUUUGGUUUUGGACAGUUUCAUUUUUUUGGAUUUGGGAUAGAUUACAUAGGAGUAUGGAGUAUGCUGUAAAUAAAAAUACAAGCUAGUGCUUUGUCUUAGUUUUAAGAAAUUAAAGCAAACAAAUUUAAGUUUUCUUGUAUUGAAAAUAACCUAUGAUUGUAUGUUUUGCAUUCCUAGAAGUAGGUUAACUGUGUUUUUAAAUUGUUAUAACUUCACACCUUUUUGAAAUCUGCCCUACAAAAUUUGUUUGGCUUAAACGUCAAAAGCCGUGACAAUUUGUUCUUUGAUGUGAUUGUAUUUCCAAUUUCUUGUUCAUGUAAGAUUUCAAUAAAACUAAAAAAUCUAUUCAAAACAUUACCUAUUUCAAA